CGGGGGCGGCCCGGGGGCGGCGCGCGGCUGCUCCGGGCGCCGGGCCCUCCUCGGCCGCGGCACGGCCCGGGCUCGGCGACGGCCGGCCGGAGGGAGGCUGGGAGCCGUGGCGCCGCCACAAGUUGCGCUGCUCGCGGCGAGGUAACUGAAGAUAGAAAACAGGCCUAAAAAUAAACCCUCGAAAGAAGAAGGGAUUUGCCUACAUUUGGCUCUGAAUCCCAGCAGACGCUUGGCGGUUUAUACAACCGGAUGCUGGGGAGCCCACUGGUUCAGAGGUCUACACAUGAAGUCACCCUAAAGAGGGCGGCUCCCGCUUCAUAGAGACCUCGUCGCCGCGCGGUGAGGCUAAGAUGAGCAUAACCAGUGACGAGGUGAACUUCCUGGUGUAUCGCUAUCUCCAGGAGUCAGGUUUUUCCCACUCGGCGUUCACAUUCGGUAUCGAGAGUCACAUCAGCCAGUCCAACAUCAAUGGGACGCUAGUGCCGCCGGCUGCCCUCAUCUCCAUCCUGCAGAAGGGCCUGCAGUAUGUGGAGGCCGAGAUCAGCAUCAACGAGGACGGCACGGUGUUUGACGGCCGCCCCAUAGAGUCCCUGUCCUUGAUCGACGCGGUGAUGCCCGACGUGGUGCAGACGCGGCAGCAGGCCUUCCGGGAGAAGCUGGCGCAGCAGCAGGCCAGCGCGGCGGCCGCGGCGGCAGCAGCGGCGGCCACGGCAGCCACAGCGGCCCCGGCGGCCCCAGCGGCUGUUUCCCAGCAGAAUCCACCAAAGAACGGCGAGGCCACGGUGAACGGGGAAGAGAACGGAGCACAUGCCAUCAAUAAUCACUCGAAACCAAUGGAAAUAGACGGAGACGUGGAGAUUCCACCCAACAAAGCCACAGUUCUUCGGGGCCACGAGUCUGAGGUGUUCAUUUGUGCCUGGAACCCUGUCAGUGAUCUCCUAGCUUCCGGAUCCGGAGAUUCGACCGCAAGGAUAUGGAAUCUCAAUGAAAACAGCAACGGGGGCUCCACGCAGCUCGUGCUGAGGCACUGUAUACGGGAGGGAGGGCACGACGUCCCCAGUAACAAAGACGUGACCUCCCUGGACUGGAACAGUGACGGGACACUGUUGGCUACAGGUUCCUAUGAUGGUUUUGCGAGAAUAUGGACGGAAGAUGGUAACCUGGCCAGCACCUUAGGCCAACAUAAAGGCCCCAUCUUUGCCUUGAAGUGGAACAAGAAGGGGAAUUACAUUUUGAGUGCUGGAGUAGACAAAACAACGAUAAUUUGGGAUGCCCACACAGGAGAGGCCAAACAGCAGUUUCCGUUUCAUUCUGCACCUGCUCUCGACGUGGACUGGCAGAACAACACUACCUUUGCCUCCUGUAGCACAGACAUGUGUAUUCACGUCUGCAGACUCGGCUGUGACCGCCCGGUCAAAACCUUCCAGGGACACACAAAUGAGGUCAAUGCCAUCAAAUGGGACCCUUCUGGGAUGUUGUUAGCGUCCUGCUCUGAUGACAUGACAUUAAAGAUCUGGAGUAUGAAGCAAGAUACGUGUGUCCAUGACCUGCAGGCUCACAGCAAAGAGAUAUAUACCAUCAAGUGGAGUCCCACCGGGCCAGCCACCAGCAACCCAAACUCCAGCAUAAUGCUAGCAAGUGCUUCGUUCGAUUCUACGGUCCGACUGUGGGACGUGGAGCGGGGCGUUUGCAUCCACACGCUCACCAAACACCAGGAACCGGUCUAUAGUGUAGCUUUUAGCCCCGACGGGAAGUACUUGGCCAGCGGCUCCUUUGACAAGUGUGUGCACAUCUGGAACACUCAGAGUGGAAGUCUCGUCCACAGCUACCGAGGCACCGGCGGCAUCUUCGAGGUGUGCUGGAACGCCCGAGGGGACAAAGUGGGCGCCAGCGCGUCCGACGGCUCCGUGUGUGUUUUAGAUCUGCGAAAGUGAGCACGAAAUAUUACAGAAACAAGAAGAGAAUUCUAACGGACCAGCAGUGAAUGUGUGGGGGUGUGUAGCACUAUUCAAACACAAUUCUGUCAGCUCCAAAACUGUACGAACGUGACCUUAGAGUGUACUUUGAAACCAACUCAUCCCUGGCCACAGGAGUCUCUAUUUUUUCGUAAUCUUCAUCAAGAAGUUUAAAACAACAUACACGUAGUCAUAUCAAAAGGGGAAAGAAUGGUUUCCACCUGGAACAUGCAGCCUGGGAAGCGUGAAGCCACCCGCUAGACGGUGCACGGUUUGGUUUCCAUCCAGAACAGUCUCUGAUGGCUGAGAGGAAAAAAAAAAAAAAAAGCUGUGCCAAAAAGAAAAAGAAAAAAAAAAAUGCUGUGAUAAACCAAAAGGGGGGGUGGGGACUUCUCAUGCGGUGGGUUUGGGUUUGCUUUUUUUUUUUUUCCUAAAAAUUUGGACACUACAGUUACUCUCACAAGGAUGUUCAAAGACCAGUUUGUACGGAUGAAAUGGGCAACUUUGUAAUCCCAACACUUUCUAUUUUCUAGAGUCUUUGUCCCGUGGUUUUUCUAUGGGCUGGAAUCCUGUCGUUUGGGGGCCUUGGGUCUGAGGUGGAAACUGUUCUGGGUUUGUCGCUUCUCUCCUGAUGUCGCCUACCCCUCCGCCUCUUCCCUUCCUUCAUGGUCUUGGUGGGCAGCACCCCCUUUGUGGACACCGUGAGAGAGUCUCUGACGGAAGGCCUUCUCCCCCUCCCUCCGCACCCCCCCCCCCCCCCCACGCACUCUGUCUGCCACUUCCUCAUAGCUUCCCAUCUUAGGUCUCAAGGGCACUUUCAGCGCAUAAUAAGUGCUUUAUGUAAGGAGGCAGGUCAGGGGGACUUUUUACAGGAGAAAAAAAAAAGUGACUUAUAAGAGAAAGAGCCCGGAGUAUUUUUGGAAAAAAAAAAUAUUUUUAUGUUAAAACAAUUUUAAAGUCCUGAAAUGGCCAUCAGACAUAGAGAGCUUUGUGUGAUUCAUAUUUAAAAAAAAUCAUAAUUUUAGGAAGACAGAGGCAGGGUCUGAGGUAGUUUUUCUCUUCACUCUCAGCUUUACUAGAGACAGGGAGGGCUCUGGGUGGGAAAGUGUCCGCUCUGGGGUCGGCCUCGGGGCUGUUCUGCAGUCAGAGAGGAAAAUCCCAGCCCUUUCAGCUCGAAGAUGACCUUGGCAUCCCUCGGGGUGUGUUGACCUUAGUAGCCGGCAGGAGAGACAUGGAGAAGGGUUCCCUCGGACCCGAGAAGGGUUUCCAGAACCAGUGGCGUUGAAGGAGCCGUCAGAACCGUCCGCUCAGCAGGGUGCUGCCUGGGAGUGACGUGUCGCUCAAGCCGCGUGGCCGCCCGUGGCCCCGCAACGAAGAGCACCUCGGCGGCUCCUUGCAAAGCUGAUGGGCGAGGCUCCACGAUCGCACUGGGUCUAGUAAGGACAGAAGCAAACGGGGAAAGGUUUUCAGUCCUGAAGGUGAAUUACGUAGGUAGAACGUCACUAAUAAUUUCUGCCGUCUUCAUAGUUUCUUCCUCUCGCAACAGAUGAGGAGAGGGUUUUCUUUUUUUUAAUGAUGAAUCUUUUUACUGUUUUUAAAAAAUUAAACUUGGCUUUGUGUUCCUA